AUGAAUCUCAUUGGGAAGCUCCGCAGAAGCUUCCGAACGCUGGUCAUUCUCCUGGCCACCUUCUGCUUGGCAAGUAUUGUCAUCUCUGCCUAUUUCCUCUACACUGGCUACAAGCAGGAGAUGGCCCUCGUGGAAACCACUGGGCAAGCAGAGUGUGAGGACCUCAAACUUCUGCCCUACAGGUCUGCGGAGCUGAGAACACCUAAGCCAAUUGAUCCCUCUAGGACUGACCCCACUGUGCUCCUGUUCGUGGAAAGCCAGUACUCCCAGCUGGGGCAAGACAUCAUAGCCAUCCUCGAGUCCAGCAAGUUUCAGUACCACAUGGUCAUUGCACCAGCCAAGGGAGACAUUCCCCCUCUCACAGACAACGGGAGAGGGAAGUACACGAUUGUUAUAUACGAGAAUAUUUUAAAGUACGUGUCCAUGGACUCGUGGAAUAGAGACCUUCUGGAAAAAUACUGUGUGGAAUACAGUGUUAGCAUAAUUGGUUUUCAUAAAGCCAACGAGAACAGCUCCCCGAGCACCAGGCUGAAAGGGCUGCCGUUACAGCUGUACAACAACGUGGCCCUCCGAGACUGCGUGGUGAACCCCCGCUCGCCCCUGCUGCGCAUCACCAAAGCGCCCAGGGUGGAGCAGGGCCCGCUGCCCGGCGAGGACUGGACGGUGUUCCAGUUCAACCACUCCACCUUCCAGCCCGUGCUGCUGAGCGAGCUGCAGCCCGCCAGGCCCACCCCCGCCACGCUGCCCAGGGCCGCUCUCUAUGCAACCGUCAUCCAGGACCUGGGCCUGCACGACGGCAUCCAGAGAGUCCUCUUUGGGAACAACCUGACCUUCUGGCUCCACAAGCUCAUCUUCCUCGACGCCAUCUCCUUCCUGUCGGGAAAGAAGCUGACGCUCUCCUUGGAGAGGUACAUUCUGGUUGACAUCGACGACAUCUUUGUCGGGAAGGAGGGGACCAGGAUGAACAUCAACGAUGUGAAGGCUUUACUAGAGACUCAAAAUUUACUGCGCACUCAGGUUGCAAAUUUUACCUUCAACCUUGGAUUUUCAGGAAAAUUUUACCACACAGGGACUGAGGAGGAGGAUGAGGGCGACGACCUGCUGCUGAGAUCUGUGGAUGAGUUCUGGUGGUUUCCCCACAUGUGGAGUCACAUGCAGCCACACCUCUUCCACAAUGAGUCCUCACUGGUGGAGCAGAUGAUCCUCAACAAAGAGUUUGCAAUGGAGCACGGCAUCCCCACGGGCAUGGGCUACGCGGUGGCCCCGCACCACUCCGGCGUGUACCCGGUGCACGUGCAGCUCUACGAGGCCUGGAAGAAGGUGUGGCACAUCCGUGUGACCAGCACAGAGGAGUACCCGCACCUGAAGCCUGCACGGUACAGACGGGGCUUCAUCCACAAUGGCAUCAUGGUGCUCCCUCGACAGACCUGUGGCCUUUUCACUCACACUAUUUUUUACAAGGAAUAUCCUGGUGGUCCUCAGGAGCUGGACAAAAGUAUCCGAGGAGGUGAACUGUUCCUCACCAUUCUCCUGAACCCCAUCAGCAUCUUCAUGACCCACCUGUCCAACUACGGGAACGACCGCCUGGGCCUCUACACCUUUGCCAACCUUGCCAGCUUUGUCAAGAGCUGCACAAACCUGAGGCUGCAGACGCUGCCCCCCGUGCAGCUGGCUCAGAAGUACUUCCAGCUCUUCCCCGAGCAGACAGACCCCCUCUGGCAGAACCCGUGUGACGAUAAGAGACACAGGGAUAUUUGGUCCAGAGACAAAACUUGCGACCACCUGCCCAAAUUCCUGGUGAUAGGACCCCAGAAAACAGGAACGACAGCCCUUUAUUUAUUCCUUCUGAUGCAUCCUUCCAUUAUCAGCAAUCUCCCCAGUCCAAAAACAUUUGAGGAAGUUCAAUUCUUCAACGGCAACAACUACCACAAGGGAAUUGACUGGUACAUGGAAUUCUUCCCCACCCCUUCCAACGCCAGCACCGACCUCCUGUUUGAGAAAAGUGCCAACUAUUUCCACUCUGAGGAAGCUCCCAGGAGAGCUGCUUCCCUCAUCCCCAAGGCCAAGAUCAUCACCAUCCUCAUCGACCCGUCCGACCGCGCGUACUCCUGGUACCAGCACCAGCGCUCCCACGAGGACCCCGCUGCCCUGAGGUUCAGCUUUUUCCAGGUGAUCACCGGAGGGUCCCGGGCGCCGCCGGAGCUGCGGGCGCUGCAGCGGCGCUGCCUGAGCCCCGGCUGGUACGCGCUGCACAUCCACAGGUGGCUCUCGCACUUCCCGCCCUCCCAGUUGCUCAUUAUUGAUGGACAGCAGCUGAGAAGUGACCCUGCCACUGUGAUGGAUGAAGUGCAGAAGUUUCUGGGAGUCUCUCCUCACUACAAUUACUCCGAAGCCCUAACGUUUGACCCUCAGAAAGGCUUCUGGUGCCAGUUAUUGGAAGGAGGGAAAACAAAGUGCCUGGGGAAAAGCAAAGGUCGGAAAUACCCACCAAUGGACCAAGAGUCCCGAGCCUUUCUGUCGAGCUACUACCGGGAGCACAACGUGGAGCUGUCCAAGCUGCUGCACAGGCUGGGCCAGCCGCUGCCCUCCUGGCUGCGGCAGGAGCUGCAGAAGCUCAGCUAGCCCCGGGGGACCCGGCCAGGCGCCUUCCUGCCCGCCCAGAGCUCCUCCGGCUCCCUCGGCAUCCUCAGGACAGCACCGCACGGACCCCGCUC